GCACAUGUAACGUUCUUUUAUAUUCAUAGCACGUGCGUAUCUGUACAGUAAAUGUCUUUAAAAUACACGACUACGUGCGGUUGAGCGGGCUUCAUAUUUACAGUGAAAAUACAAACUGUAAGCCCUAUUCACGUAGUAUGGCUUAUAACAAAAGAAAUUCAAGAUGUGCAUUUACAUUUUCACGUGGUACAUACCUAUACAUAAUCCUUAUUUUACAUUUAUUAUUGCUUGGAGCAUGUAUGGAAAUAAAAACUGCUCCACGAGAUGACGACUCAACAAGCCCAACAGAUGAUAAUAAUAGAACAGUUACAAAGCAACAAAUAUGCAUGUCGAAGGGAUGCAUACACGCAGCUCGAAUAAUUCGGGAAAGUAUAAAUGAGGCAGCCGACCCUUGCGAUGAUUUCUACGACUUUGCUUGCGGUGGAUUCAUUCGAAAAGCGAUGAUACCGCCUAAAAAGCACUCCGAUACCCGUUUACUCCGUCUACGCGACAAAGUUAUGAACGAAGUCAAAAAAGCUCUUGAAGAAAAAAUUCAACCAGACGAACCGCGAAUGUUUACUUCGGUGAAAAAGUUUUUCCAAGCUUGUACGGACUUACGUACGAUCGAAAACAAUGGAUUGGUGCCUCUUAGGAAUAUUUUGGACCAUCUCGGGGGUUGGCCAGUGCUGGCCGGAGACACUUGGGCUGAGGACGAGUUCAGCUGGCACAAGACCGACUGUAGACUUCAAAAAUUAGGCUACAUGCCCAAGUACAUUUUCCAGACGUUCGUCAGGAAUGACAUCUACAAUGCGACCAGAAAUUUGUUUUACAUCGACAACAUGAUUCCGUUCAUCAAUUCAGCGGCUUUGAGAAAGGGAAAUCGCAGCUCCCUUGUUGUGCAUUAUUACCAUUACAUGAUCGAAAUAGCCACAUUUCUCGGCGCGAAUACUAAUCGCGCAGCUGCAGAACUGAAAGAGAGUCUCGAUUUUGAGAUCAAGCUUGCACAAGCAAUGACGACGAACAACAAAAAAUUUAGAAGUAUCAAAAUCAACUCGACCGACCAACUAUCGCAGAUCAUGCCCAAAGUCCCCUGGGACGAAUACGUCAACUGCUUAACCGAGCCAACGAUUCACAUCAACAAGACUGACAAUGUACUUCGAGUCCAUAAGAUCAAUUAUAUGUUCAAGAUCAGACAAUUUCUGAACAGUACUCCCAAACGAGUCCUUGCAAACUAUAUGAUUUGGAGAGUCAUCGCCGACACCAUUCCACAUUUGCCCCACCGCAUCAAUAAAAUCGAAAGAAGGUUCAGAAGAUUGUCCGCUAAUAAUGGGGUCAAAAUGAUCCGCUGGAAGCAGUGCCUAAAUUGGCUCAGUGAUGAGAAGCACGGAUUGCCGGUCGGGCUGAGCACUCUUUACGUCAGAAAAUAUUUCAACACUUCCACAAAGCAAGCGAUCGAGCCGGUUUUGAAUACCAUUGUGGACGAAUUCAAAUUACUCGUGAACGAGUCUUCAUGGCUGGACAGCUCAUCGUUAAAGACUGCGAUAAGGAAAAUCGAACUGAUGAAGCAGAUCAUUGGCUAUCCUAAUCAACUGCUGAACGACUCGACGCUUGACCAUUACACUCGGAGUUUGGAAAUGAACUCCAGCACGCAUCUGCAGAACAUCCUGAACUUGAAUCGUUUUCACUUCGGGUAUUCAGUGGAGAAUCUGAUGAAGCCUAGUAACGAGAUGUUUUGGACUGUUGUAUCACCUGCGACGACGAUCAACGCCUACUAUAUCAAAAUCGACAAUGCUUUCACUAUACUGGCUGGUCUCCUACAGCCUCCGAUAUUCAACUACAACUGGCCGUACAAUGCCAGGUUCGGCAGUAUCGGUAUGAUACUGGCUCACGAGAUAAUGCACGCUUACGAUUCCUCCAACGUACUGUUUGACGAAACCGGUAGUUACCGUCCCUGGUUUACAAAACCGGUGCAAAAGCAAUACGAGAACAGAGUCCAGUGUCUGAUCGACCAGUACGGCAACUAUACGGACCAAUUAUUGAAUUUAGAGGUUGACGGCAUACUGACCAGGAACGAGAACCAAGGCGACAACGUGGGAAUAAAGGUGUCUUACAACGCGUACAAGACCUGGACGAAGCACAUCCAAAACGAGCCAAAGCUUCCUGGUCUGAAGUACACACCCGAGCAGAUCUUCUGGAUCUCAUCCGUCAACUUCCUCUGCGGCAAACACAAAGAAUCUUACAGGAUGCAGGUCCUCCUGACGGAGUCCCACACCCUCAGCCACUUCCGCGUUCAAGGAGCUCUAUCGAACAUGCCAGAAUUCGCCACCGCCUUCAACUGCCCCGUCGGUUCGACCAUGAACCCCGUGAAGAGAUGUCAAUUCUGGUAACGUCGCCUCGUAUCAACGUACCACCUUUUUUUCAUCUUUUGUAUAAAACAACAAUGCGUAUCGCUUGAUUUUAAUAAAAACGGCUUCGAAAUCGACAA